GUUUUUUUCUAUUUCUUUCUUUUUCUUUUCCUUAUGGUAUUUUUCUCAAAGAAAAAACGCUGUGAAUCAGUUCAAUCUUCUUCUUAUUCCAUUGCUUCCAGUCGGACUCUAUCCCGAUCAAGUUCAUUCUUGGAUGAAAAACCAUUCAAGGUAUUACUUGUUGGCCAAAUCUAUCAAGAUACAAUAUUAAAGGUUGAUGCUUAUCCGCAAGAAGACAGUAAAUCACAAUCAGUGCAACAAAUGCGAUGUGGCGGAAACUGUGUUAAUACUGCUGAAGUCUUGGUUCAGUUUUCCAGAACAUGUCCGUAUGUUAUGUCAGCUGUAGGGCCUAAAGAAACUACAGCCAUGCUGCUUACACAACUUGAAUCCAAAGGCAUCAAGACAUCCACUUGUUAUCAUCGUAAGCAACCCACACCUUCGUGUUACAUUAUUUCGACACAACAAACGGGAUCUCGGACUAUCAUUUCCUGUAACACUAUCCAGGGCAUUACCAAAGAUGAGUUUGCUCGGCGUUUAGAAAUGAACAAGAUUUCAAAAACCAUGAGCCUUGAUUUUGAUCCUCGGCAACCGACAUUUCAUUGGGCUCAUUUUGAGGGCAGAAAUGUCAGUGAUACCUUGUUGCAGAUAGACUGGAUUGAAACUAAAGCAAAAAGAGAAGGCUGGCGAGACAAGAUCACUAUCUCAGUUGAAAUUGAACAUCCUGAUAGACCCCUAAUAGAUGAUUUGGUAGACAAGGGUGAUGUUGUGUUUUUCUCUAAAUUGUAUGCAGAGAAACGAGGCUACACAAACUCUGAAGAUUUUAUACGAUAUGCUCAAAUGAGAUGUAAGCCUGGUGCCAUUUUAUUUUGUACUUGGGGCGCACAAGGCGCUACAUGUUCUAGUAAAAUAGGCGAUAUUCUUCAUGCACCCGCAGUACCAUGUCAAGUGGUUGAUUGUAUAGGUGCUGGUGACACAUUUAUUGCAGCUGUCAUUCAUGGAUUAGGAAGAGGUUAUUCAUUAUGGUCCACAUUAACGUUUGCUUGUGAACUAGCCAGUAGAAAAGUGUCUCAGUUUGGAUUUAAUCAAUUAUUAAUGGAUGAAGACGAACUUAUAAACUAGAAUACCCAU